GCUGUGCAGUCAUCGUCAUCCUCCUGCCUGGCUGGGGAAAAGGGAUCUCUACCUCCUCAUUGGGCCCAGGGACCUUGGCGGCCCCAGGCCACAGCAUGUGGGAAUCGGCUUCCAUCACCAAGAAAAUGGUGCAGGGCAAUGCACACCCUCAGGCGCCCAGCAGGCCCGAGGCGGGCGUGUGCUCCCUGGCGCUGCCCUCGGACCAGCAGCUGGACAGAAAGAGCAAGGUGACACAGGAUGCGGCGCUGCUGAAGAGUGCCCGGGUGCAGGAGCAGGUCCGCAUGAGGAUGUUGCAGAACAGCCAGGCAGCCAACAGGGCCAAUGGCACUGAAGGCAAAGGUGGUGGCUCCUCCCAAAUCCAAUACAACAACACCCUGAAGUCCUCCUUCAGCUCCAGGUCCCAGACCAAUGGUUUAGAGCACAAAGGCACUCUGUAUCAGCCAAUGGCCAAGGACUACGGCACAAUGAAAUCUGCUGGGUGGUCCUCCCGUUCAGCUGUGGACCUCUCAUCCCACAGGAAAAUGGCUGCCAUCAGCAAUGGUGGUGUGCCAAAGGUCUCUACCUAUGGCACAAACUAUGCCCCCAUGCCAGCCACCCACACCUCACGGCCAACCUCUUUCCACGAGCGGAGCUACAGGGGCCAGCCGAACUUCGACACCAUGUCGCUGCAUUCCUUGCGCCUGACAAAUGGGCCGAGCAGCCCCACGGGUGCAGAUGAUCGCUACAGCAUCAUCUCUGAGCAGUUGGAUCCAAUGGCCCAUGGUUCCCUCUACAAAGGCAGGGCCGGUGGUGGCUUCACCAGGUCCUACACCUUCGAGAGGCAGAUGAGUGCCGGCUCCAAUGCUGGGAUGAAGGGCCCAAUUGACUGGAUGGAUGGCGUAGAGGCACCUCAAAACCGGACCAUCCGUGCGCCUGCCAUGCGCACUCUCCAGCGCUUCCAGAGCAACAACCGCUCACGCCUGAGCACUGGCUCCUUCAGUGGCCUCCAGACGGGACUCGGGAGCUCUUAUGUGGGCACAGUAGAGCGCAGCUCCCGUGCCCCAUCUGUGCGCAACCUGGCAGAGUCCAACCACCAACUGCAGGACCUGCGGUCCAGUGGGAUGUACAAUGGGCACCACACACUGAUGUCCCAGCAGUCCUACUCUGGCGGAUUUGAUGACAUUGACUUGCCGUCAGCGGUGAAAUACCUGAUAGCCAGCGACCCGAACCUGCAGGUGCUGGGAGCUGCCUACAUCCAACACAAGUGCUACAGUGACAGCAAUGCCAAGAAGCAGGCUCGCAGCCUCCAAGCUGUGCCCAAGCUGGUGAAGCUCUUCAACAGCCCCAACCAGGAGGUGCAGCGCCAUGCCACCGGCGCCACACGCAACCUCAUUUAUGACAACGCUGAGAAUAAGCUGGCACUGGUGGAGGAGAAUGGCAUCUACGAGCUGAUGCGGACGCUGCACGAGUCCGACGAUGAGCUGCGCAAGAAUGUCACAGGGAUCCUGUGGAACCUCUCCUCCAGUGACAACCUCAAGGACCGCCUGGCCCGGGACACCCUGGAGCAGCUCACCAACCUGGUCCUGGUCCCACUCUCGGGCUUGGGGUCCCCCACCGUCAUCCAGCAGAAUGCCUCAGAGGCUGAGAUCUUCUACAACUCCACCGGAUUCCUCAGAAACAUGAGCUCUGCCAGCCAGCAGACCCGGCAGAAGAUGCGCGAGUGCCACAGGCUGGUGGACUGCAUGAUUCACUACAUCAAUAGCUCCCUGGAGGUGGGGAAGUCGGAGGACAAGAGCGUGGAGAAUGCUGUCUGCAUGCUACGGAACCUCUCCUACCGCCUCUAUGAUGAGAUGCCUCCUUCCGCGCUGCAGCGCCUGGAGGGCCACCGGAGAAAUGACGGCACCACUGGGACAGGCGAGCUGGUGGGAUGCUUCAACCCCCAGAGCAAGAAGGCACGAGAGCAUUACCUGAACACAGAUAUUGUAACCUUUACGGAGGUGUCCAAGGACCCCAAAGGGAUGGAGUGGCUCUGGAACCCCCAGAUCGUGGGCGUCUACAACCGCCUGCUCCAGAGGUGCGAGCUGAACAAGCACACGACGGAGGCUGCCUCAGGGGCACUGCAAAACAUCACAGCCGGGGACCGGAGGUGGGCAGGAGUGUUGAGCCGGCUGGCACUAGAGCAGGAGCGGAUCCUGAACCCUGUGCUGGACCGGGUCCGCACGGCUGACCACCACCAGCUGCGCUCCCUGACAGGACUGAUCCGAAACCUGUCGCGUCACGCCCGCAACAAGGAUGAGCUGUCAACCAAGGUGGUAAGCCACCUCAUCGAGAAGCUCCCUGGGAGCGCUGGUGACAAGGAGCCCCCGAGCGAUGUUGUUGUGAACAUCAUCGCAGUGCUGAACAACCUGAUGGUGGAGAGCCCCAUUGCUGCCCGUGACAUUGUCUACUUUGACGGCCUCAGGAAGCUCUUCUACCUCAAGAAGAAGAGAGACAGCUCAGACAGUGAGAAAUCCUCCCGAGCUGCCUCCAGCCUGCUGGCCAACAUGUGGCAGUACACCAGGCUUCACCGGGACUACAAAAUGAAGGGCUACCGGAAGGAGGAUUUCCUCAGCCUGUGAGGACAAGCGUCCCAGAAGAGG